AUGCGGCGGAUUUUGCUAGCUCUUUGCUUUGCUGCCCACAGCAUUGGCUUGCGGGCAUGCGGAGCAUCAGCGGUUUCAGCGCAGGAGGUCGGAACCCGUGCAGAUAAUCUUCGUUCCAGAGCCAUAGCACGGCUCGGCAUUCACCCGCAGGAUGGGCGGGCUAGUGCGCGUACUGCAGUCGUUCCUCUCGAGCGCAGGGCUCCUUUGAAAGCUCCUCUAGAAAUCGCUACGACCGUAGCAAAGGACAAGGUGCCCACUGGUACAGCAGCGGACAAAGCCAAAGACGGCGCAAGCUCUUCGUCGGCAGAGGCACUGCAAAGCAUUUCAGCGCUUGGGGAAGAAAAGACUAUGGGCCGUGCGCGUUUGCCAGAUGGUCAGGGCUCGGCACGCACGUUGUCACGCCAGAGGUAUCGUGCAAAGCAGGAGCGCAGGCCUUACCUUGGCCCUGACAGAGGAAAGCGGCUGGGUCGACCUGCGAAAUUAGACAUCGGUCAAGGCUCAUCGUCAACCCUCUUCAGACAAAAACGAGCAAUGAAAGAAGCCGCCGCGAAGCAGAUUGCGCUUGAAGCAGGAGACAGUGCUGCUCUGGCACGGCAAGAGGCUCAUCAGAAAGCUUUGUAUCAGCAGAAUAAGGUAACCGUCGCAACCAGCCGUCAACGCUCAAGACUUAGGGUGCGGGGCUGGAGCGAAAUGCGAAUCUGGCGAACUUUACCUGGAGAUCCAAGAAGAGCAUCGAAUGAAAUCAAAGAGAGGCUGGAUGCAGAGAUCAAAGCAGCGAACGCUGAUCCACACGAAUUCUACCCGGAAACCACCAAUGACCGCGUUGGCGAGAAUGCUCUGACCACUGCCCGCCAAAGACUACGCAUGAAGGGCAUCAAGGAGGACGCAAUCUUCCAACAGUAUCCGGGAAAGACACCUUUGGACCGUCCACGUAGAGGCCGACCUCCCGUAUACAAAGGGCCCGGCCAAGUUCCGGCGAAAUUCCAGCCAGGGCGAUACGUGCGUGUCGGUGGAACAUCUCGCGUGUCAGAUUCUGCCCUGUCGCUGCUCACCGCGAGCGGUGCUGCGCCGCAAGUAGGUUCUUUGGGGCGGGCUGCUCCGAGCAACUCAGCCAAUCACGUGAAUGUCGCAUCGUCCGAGACACCUCACAGAAUGCACGAUUUUGACCUCAAUCUUCCACCGCCUGAGGACUAG